UUCCAAGUAAAAACAAUAUGAGAGACGUUUGACAUCAAACGAAAUAUCUAUUCAGGUGAUAAAACUCUAGUCGAUUACUGUUUGUUUCUUUGUUCUUAAAUUAUAAUAACACAUUUUUCAAUUGUUUUAAUUAUUCUACUAAAGUUAACUUGAAAGGCAUAUAUUAAUUUACAAAGAGUGAGGAGAAAACUUAAGAUUUUGAGCCGACUUGCUGCACUGGGAUGCAAUGGAUAAGAGAAUUAAUACGUCAUUUUCAAUUAGAAAUUCUUUGUCUAAACAAUAAAAGUUAUGAAAUAUUCAUCGUUUCAAUAUUUUACGUUGUACUAAGACUUUUCACAAUAUCGGAAACAUAACUCGCAAUUCUUCUUCAAUUUAUUUCUUCUUAUUCAGUUUUACGAUCCACAAUCCAAAUCCAAUAUUACAAAUAAAGCUCAAUAAUUAUUUGAUUAUUGACGUAGCGGUAAGGUCUAGCGACUGAGAUGUUGCGCGAAAUAAUCAAUAAGAUCAAAGAGGAUACGCACAUAAAAAUCGAACCACGUAUCGAAGUGUGCGCACACACAGAAAAUUUUAAGUACAAAGUAGAGAGUAAACUGAUGUAUCCUAAGAAUUAAUGUGCUUGCGUGUACUUAUAAACUACUCCGAGGGAAACAAUUACUUCCUUAACCGAGAAAUAGUACGUUUCUCUCUAAUGAAACCUUAUGAUUUUUCUUCCAUCUCAGGCAGAGCGAAUUCUUGUAGCGCGGUCUCGCUGAAAAAAAUGGGAAGAGACUCAUACCGCUGUAGAACUUAAUGUACAUAAAUUGAAUAAUCUUAAUAAAACGACAAUGAAGAGAUGUGUGUGUGUGUGUGUGUGUGUGUAAAAUCUCCGAGCAAUUUGGCGAGAGAACUCCGCGAAGCAAAUUUCGUAAUGCGCGCUUUAACUGGCAAAUAUCGCGCGCGAAUGUCCCAGUGGCGUAACCUCGUGAAACAUUUCAAACAUUUCGCGACGGUAUUGCGCACGCGUGCAGGAAUGGAAGCGAAAUAAAUUACACGCGACGGGAGUAAAAUACGAGCUGCGAAAUGCACGGUGCGAAAUUGGGACACGUUUUUCUGCUCGUACGCGCGAUGGAAGCUACUUAGGAUGCCGUGGAAGGGUCGACGAAGGAGACGAACACAUAUUGUCACGGGAAUAAUUGUUGAGACGACGCCGGGACAUCAAUCUCCGGUGCGGUCGGUAUGCGCAGCGAAUUUGAGUAUUCCUUCGAGAAGGACACUUUGCGGGAUCCAAAUUUGGGCGUCUGUCCAUAUUUUGUGUGAACGAGAGAGAGAGAGAGAGAGAGAAAGAGAGAGAGGCAAUGUCCAUUUCUUCAUUUAGCUCUCUUUCAUGGACGUCUUGGAAUUUAACAGGUCUAGACGAACUUUGGCCACCAUUAUCUGAGGGUAAAGCCGCAAUGAGAAGGAGAAUAAUAAAAAUAUAUCACGACCGCUCACCGCAAUGGAAUCGCAAGGUCUCUCCGGAAAAAUAGUAAAUACUGUAGGGACCUGGCGCAAGAUGAACCCGGGACAAUAAAAUUAAGCCGGCUACACACUGUGGAUGGACCCCACAACUUGGGCACGAAGACGCUACUGGUACUGGUACUGGUAGGCUGUGAAUAUUGCGCAUGAACGUUAUUCAUCCUAUUAAUCACAAGAUGCUACACCAAAGGAAUUCCGAUUUCCUCGACGCCAAGUCCGAAAGCUCAGGGAAGUCAUGCUUAGAAUCGUGCAUCGUGCUACCAAGAAUGUCACGGAAAGCUGACGGCAACGAUUACAUUAUGAGCCCCCAUAAAAACGGGUGUACCGCCUACGAGGAAGCAUACAGGAAGUCCCUAGAGUCUCCGGAGGAAUUCUGGGAUGAGAUCGGUCUGUACGUCGAUUGGAGCAAGCCUUGGCGCAAAGUGUUGGACAACUCUAACGAGCCAUUCACGAAAUGGUUUGUCGGUGGAGAAUUGAACGCUUGUUACAACGCGGUAGAUCGCCACGUAUACGCCGGCUACGGGAAGAAGACGGCUCUUAUACACGACAGUCCGCAAACAUCGUCAAUACGCAAAGUGACGUACAACGAGCUAUAUGAGAAGACGUCCUUGCUGGCGGGCGCGUUAGCGGAAUUGGGUGUACGCAAGGGAGACAAAGUAGUCAUCUACAUGCCACUAAUCCCCGAGACGAUAAUCGCGAUUUUAGCCACAGCCAGAUUAGGAGCGAUUCAUUCGGUAGUCUUUGGAGGUUUUGCAGCGAACGAACUGGCGUCUAGGAUAGAUCAUGCUGAACCGAAGGUUAUUAUCGCCGCAAGUUGCGGUUUGGAACCGUCCAAAGUGAUCAAGUACACUGCUAUGUUGAACGGUGCCUUAGAUAUGAUCGCUGUAAUGAGGCCAAAGUGUAUCAUAUUUCAAAGAAGAAACGUGUGGGAAUCACCGUUGUUUGAGUCGCAAUUCGAUUGGGACGAACUCAUGAAAAGGUCAAAACCUCAUCCAUGCGUAAUGGUCGAGGCUAACGAUCCAUUGUAUAUAUUAUAUACGUCGGGAACCACAGGGCAACCAAAGGGGAUCAUAAGACCGAUCGGAGGGCACCUGGCGACGCUUUGUUGGUCCAUGAAUACGGUUUUCGGAAUGAACAAAAAUUCCAUAUGGUGGGUGGCAUCCGACAUGGGAUGGGUUGUCGGGCAUUCGUACAUUUGUUACGGUCCCUUGUUGCUCGGUGCGACGAGCAUAAUGUACGAAGGAAAACCCGACAGGACACCGGAUGCAGGUCAAUAUUUCAGGAUCAUUGAGCAGCAUGGCGUAAACGCGUUAUUCUGCGUGCCCACCGCAUUGCGAGUUCUAAAACGAUCGGAUCCAGAAACUCUUCUGGGAAGGAAAUAUUCUUUGAAGUCCUUAAAAACGAUAUUUGUGGCCGGCGAGUUUUGCGACUACGAGACGAAGGCCUGGGCCGAGCAGGUGUUCAAAGUGCCGAUUUUGAACCAUUGGUGGCAGUCGGAGACUGGACACCCCAUCACGGCACUGUGCCUAGGAUACGGUCAUCACCCUAGUUUGCCAAAAUUCAGCACUGGACUUCCUAUACCCGGAUACAACAUCCACGUCCUGCGCGAAGACGGAAGUAUAGCGUCGCAGCGCGAACUCGGGCGAAUCGCGAUAAAGUUACCGCUACCACCUGGAUGCAUAUCAACCUUAUAUCGGGCAUUCGACAGGUUCAAGGAAGUGUACUUCUCAAGGUUCCCAGGUUACUAUGAUACGAUGGACGCUGGUUACAUUGACGAGAUGGGCCAUAUUUACGUGACGGCGAGAGAUGAUGAUAUUAUAAACGUAGCUGGUCACAGAAUAUCCACGGCUGCAUUGGAAGAUAUUAUUUUAGCUCACGACGAUGUAGUGGAUGCCGCAGUGGUCGGUGUGCCGGAUCAUACGAAGGGAGAAGUACCUUUGUGCCUUUAUGUGAAGCGUUAUGAUGCGACGAGUAACGAAGAAGAGAUAAAUCAAGAAUUGGUGGCACGGGUGAGACACAUGAUGGGACCAAUCGCGUCUUUUCGAGUCGCCGCUGCGAUUACUGCGUUACCACGAACGCGUUCUGGAAAAAUAAUUCGCAAAUCUAUCGCUUCGUUGGCGCGGUCGAAACAAGUUAAGAUUUCAAGUACGAUCGAAGAUCCAACAGUAUUUCACGAAAUUAAGGAGGUACUCCAGAAACUUGGAUACGCGAAACUGGCCCCGGACCCACAAUGACAAUACUUUAUAAAACUUGUACAAAAUAUGGUUCUUAAGACAUAUCUAUAACAAAUAUACGCCUAGGAAUAGAUCGCCACAGUUCUCAAGGAGUGACACAUCCUUGACUGCAAGCCUGUUGUGCAAUAUAAGCUGAUGUAAUUUAUAUAUUUAAGAAAAUUUUCGAGUAAUCAACGAGUGUUCUCUCUCGACGCAAGAUACGUGAGAACUUGGAAAACUCGAUCAGCCAACUUUGUCUUACGAACAACUGGAAUAUGAUUUCUUUUUACUUCUUACAAAUAUUUAUCUUCACUUUAUCUUUACGCUUUAACGAUCGCUACAUAACAAAAAACAAGCUAAGACACGUAUAGCACAUUUUCGCCAUCGACAUAUCUGGCUGCGAUAUAGAUGAUGAAAAUACAUUAUUAUUUACAUAGAAAUAUACAAAAAUACAAACGAAUGUUACUACUUAUUCGGACAUAUUUAUAAUCUCUCAUGUGCUAUACUUCAUUUAUUCAACUGGCUCGAAUAAUCUGAAUGUACGGGACCCGUCAUAUUGUAAAAAUGUAGACGGCGUACAUUCGCAACUCUAUUAAAAAUUAUUAGGGCACAUUUUUUUGCAAAUUUGUUUUUAAUGACAAUAUAAUAAGAAACAGUAUAAUAAUAAUCGUAAUAUUAAUUUUAUAAUUAUAAAGUGUGUGUAUAACACUAUUUUGUUGAUUUAUUCAAUAAAUUUCUUUUCCAACUCUUA